CAUACAGACUUCGCGGAACCCUUAGUUAUAAUGCAAAUAUUAACGUUUCUAUUGCUUCUCUACUAUUCUCCAUUCAUCAAUACAGAACAAUGGUGUGAAAGGGUUAAGUACCAAACUAACUUUACAACUCGUUCUUCUGAGGUGUUACCUGUUCUUAUUGUUUGGUAUCCCGUGCAUGAGGGUACACAUAGUAAACUGGCGGUAUGCUCAAAGUUGCAAGGUCAAUAUAUUCAAGGAAAAUGUUCCCAUAAUUUCCAAAAUCAAGUAGCCACAAGAUUUGUACAAAGAGAGGAAUUGUUGGAUUGUACAUCGAUUAGAAAUUACUGCCAGCCCAGAAGUUUCACCCAUUUCUAUUUGUCGACAAAUAGAGAAAAGACGAUCCACACGAACUACUGGCUUGAGGGACACAUAGGUGAAUAUAGUGGAACAAAAGAUAUGUGUUUACUAGAAAAUGGCCUUCCUCUAACACAAAAAUGCAUUUACGAUGCCUAUAAGCGUCAAGGCAUAUGGGAAAACCAGAAUUCUGGCAAAAACAGCACAGUGAAUUGUUUACAUGAUACAGAUCAACGCAUAGUGACUAAUGAUCUGAAUAAAUUGUAUAUGGAAGUAAGUGAACAGAAUAGAGAUCCCAUGCAGGAUAACCCAAAAGCAGCAGACAAACUAGCCAGUAUACUGGCAAAAAACUAUGCUGAACGAAUUGCAGCAGAUUUAAAAAUAUCUACAAACAUUUUAAAGGAAAUUACCACCACAGACCGGCAGCCGGAGAUGAUGACCAAAGUUUUGGCCGCAACUGAUCUCCUGUUGAAAAGCAACGAAAAUGUUGUCUCCACCUCAGUGAAAAUGAAUACACCAACUCAAUUGAUCAAAACGAUAGAUAAUUAUGUGAACAAAGUGGCCAAUGUUGUAAUGCGAAACUCAAACUGUUCCCAGAUUCCUAGUGGUGUAGUUAAGUAUACCAAAGAUCUGGUUAGUGUUUUCUACAUUAACCCAAGGUGUUCCAAUGUUUCGGGUAUAGCGUUUUACAAUACCCAAACGAAUUAUGCCAUGAAGGUGUUGUAUGGUGCGUCUUCAAAGAAGUAUUAUCGUUAUUUGUAUUUGAACCAAUCGCUGGAGCACAUUAUACAGGAAGGUGAUAUAGAAUCAGCCGUUUAUAUGCCAGAAAAUGUCUAUAAAGCUUUGUUGGCUGACAUAGAUACCAAAGUUAACAUGGACACAUUGGCUAUUUCAUUAUAUAGAGCACCAAAUUUCUUUACAAAUGGAACCACCCAAGCCGAGAAUGUUGUGCUAAAACUAUCAAUACCCAAGUACAAAGGCGAACUGCCUGGCGAUGUACCGCUAAUUUUUCAACGCCCUCUCACAAAUGUCACCGAACAGCCACAGUGCGCUAAUUGGGAUUUAGGAACAUGGAUAUCUACUGGAUUUGCGAAGGAAUUUCCUAAAAACCUAGUACUCUGCAACACUAGGAGCACAUCAUCGUUUGGAGCAAUUCUAGGGUUAAGACAUAGCCACAACGUCACAAAGAAUAUUAAAAUUCUUACAGUUUUGAUGGAUAUUGCUCAGGAUCUUAUAUCAAUUGUCGGUUGUUGCCUGUCUCUCUUUGGCCUUUCCUGCGUAUGGAUAACGGCUAUAUGUUUCAAAGAAUGGCGCUCACAAACAUCCAACAAACUUUUGCUGAAUAUGUGCCUGGUGCUUACACUGCUCAUGUCCUACUUCCUAUUUAUCAAUUUGCCUGGGCUUCGAAAUCGAUUGGUGGAUAUAGAGAAUGUGAACCACUGCAUAAUUCAAGGCGCCUUUUUGCAUUAUAUAAUUCUGGUGCUCUUCCUUUGGAUGUUCUUCUUUGCAAUCUUACAAUAUCAACGUUACGUCACUGUGAUAGGCAUACAACGAUCUGCACAUUUUGCAUUAAAUUAUACAUUGACUGCAUGGGGUGUGCCCCUAGUGCCCACAGCGUUGGUAAUCUUUUGGAAUAAAAAUGCCUACGUACCAUUGAGUAAGAAUACCAUUUGCUAUCCCAGAGGCCAAUGUUUAUAUAUGACAGUGUUAUUGCCCAUCUCUGUGAUUAGCAUUGCCAACUUGGCCAUAUUUAUAUAUAUAUUCUGCAGUAUUAGAAAGUCUGUUAACAAAUUUUGUGACGCCAACGAGAGAAAGAGCAUCAUAGUUCAGUUGCGUCUUUCCAUACUGCUGUUCUUUCUUUUAGGCAUAUCAUGGCUUUUCGGCAUUUUGGCCCAUAUGGAUACAAGCCAAGUACUCUCGACACUAUUCUGUUUGACGUCCACCAUUCAAGGUUUCGUGCUCUUCAUAUACUUUGUUGUCGUCGAUAAGAGAACACGCUCCUCUUGGUUAAAAUUUUGUUGUGGCGGUCAGUAUUAUUCAUUUGGAGAAAAUACUACAGACAUACCAAUAAAAACUGUGAAUUCUUCCAAGAAACUUAGUAUCGAAUAAUAAAAACUAUAA